CAAGCCGGUUAGCAUGUCACUCCAUUGUGGAACUAAUUACAAAUAAAUAAGGGGCCAGUACUAAUUUCCUCUUGUGUGGACAGAACCUUGCUCAGACAGAAAGAUAGGCGCUGAAGUGGGAAAGAGCCAGUGAAGGCGGUCCGAGGCCGUGGGAAGCUCUCUUUCCUGACAAGAUCCAGCGCUGCUCACGCAGAACAUGGCGGAGCACCACACUGUCCCCGAUUGCAAGCACAAAGCGUCCACAAAUGCUGGGGGUUCGAUUUCUGGAAAUGGUCGGUCCAACAGCGCGGCUGGAGGUGGUAACGUUACUGGAGGCCUUUCAGGUGGAUUGACGCAGCCGGCAGGAUGGCAGUCCUUGUUAUCGUUCACCAUUCUCUUUCUGGCCUGGUUGGCAGGGUUCAGCUCAAGGCUCUUCGCAGUUAUUCGUUUCGAGAGCAUUAUCCAUGAGUUUGACCCCUGGUUCAACUACAGAUCGACUCAUCACCUUGCCACUCAUGGGUUUUAUGAAUUCCUCAACUGGUUUGAUGAGAGGGCAUGGUAUCCACUAGGCAGGAUAGUGGGGGGCACGGUAUACCCGGGUCUGAUGGUGACAGCAGGACUCAUCCACUACGUGCUAAACCUGCUGCACGUUACCGUGCACAUUCGGGACGUGUGUGUGUUCCUGGCGCCAGUGUUCAGUGGCCUGACCUCCAUCUCCACGUUUCUGCUGACCCGGGAACUGUGGAAUCAGGGCGCCGGCCUCCUGGCGGCCUGCUUCAUCGCCAUCGUGCCCGGCUACAUAUCUCGCUCGGUGGCUGGUUCCUUUGACAAUGAGGGCAUCGCCAUCUUCGCCCUGCAGUUCACCUACUACCUCUGGGUGAAGUCUGUGAAGACGGGGUCGGUCUUUUGGACCAUCGGCUGCUGUCUGUCCUACUUCUACAUGGUGUCUGCAUGGGGAGGCUAUGUCUUCAUUAUCAACCUGAUCCCCUUACACGUCUUUGUGUUGCUCCUAAUGCAGCGCUACAGCAGAAGGCUUUACAUCGCCUACAGCACAUUUUACAUAGUGGGCUUGGUCCUGUCCAUGCAGAUCCCAUUUGUGGGUUUCCAGCCAAUCAGGACGAGCGAACACAUGGCAGCUGCAGGUGUGUUUGCACUGCUGCAGGCCUACGCCUUCCUGCAGUACCUUAAAGACAGGCUGACCAAGCAGGAGUUUCAGACGCUCUUCUUCUUGGGGAUCUCCUUGGCCGCUGGGGUGGUCUUCCUCACGGUCAUUUAUCUGACUUACACAGGCUACAUUGCUCCCUGGAGCGGACGAUUCUACUCACUGUGGGACACAGGAUAUGCUAAGAUCCACAUCCCCAUCAUCGCCUCUGUGUCCGAACAUCAGCCCACUACAUGGGUGUCCUUCUUCUUUGACCUGCACAUCCUGGUCUGCACCUUUCCAGCAGGCCUCUGGUUCUGCAUCAAGAACAUCAACGACGAACGAGUUUUUGUGGCUCUGUACGCCAUCAGCGCCGUGUACUUUGCGGGGGUGAUGGUGCGACUCAUGCUGACGCUGACACCUGUGGUGUGCAUGCUGUCAGCCAUCGCGUUCUCCAGCGUCUUCGAGCACUACUUGGGCGACGACACGAAGAGAGAGAACCCGCCGGCCGAGGACAGCAGCGACGAGGACGACAAGAGGAACUCGGGAAACCUUUACGAUAAGGCAGGUAAAGUGCGUAAGCAUGUGUCAGAACAGGAGAGGGCAGAGGAAGGCUUGGGCCCCAACAUUAAGAGCAUCGUUACCAUGCUGAUGCUGAUGCUGCUCAUGAUGUUUGCCGUGCACUGUACCUGGGUCACCAGUAACGCUUACUCCAGCCCCAGUGUGGUGCUGGCCUCCUACAACCACGAUGGGUCAAGGAACAUUCUGGAUGACUUCCGUGAGGCAUACUACUGGCUGAGACAGAACACGGAUGAGCACGCUCGAGUCAUGUCCUGGUGGGACUACGGUUAUCAAAUAGCAGGCAUGGCGAACCGCACCACGCUGGUGGACAAUAAUACCUGGAACAACAGUCAUAUUGCGCUGGUUGGCAAGGCCAUGUCAUCCAACGAAAGCGCAGCCUAUGAGAUUAUGAAAUCCCUUGACGUAGACUACGUCCUCAUCAUCUUUGGCGGGGUGAUUGGAUACUCCGGAGAUGACAUCAACAAGUUUUUGUGGAUGGUGCGCAUUGCAGAGGGGGAACACCCUAAGGAUAUCAGGGAGAGUGACUACUUCACCCCACAGGGCGAAUUCCGUGUGGACAAGGCUGGCUCUCCUACGCUGUUGAACUGCCUCAUGUACAAAAUGUCCUACUACCGCUUUGGAGAGAUGCAACUGGAUUUCCGCACGCCUCCGGGCUUUGACCGGACGAGGAACGCUGAGAUCGGGAAUAAGGACAUCAAGCUGAAGCACCUGGAGGAGGCCUUCACCUCGGAGCACUGGCUGGUGCGUAUCUACAGGGUUAAGAAGCAGGAGAACCGCCAGGCCUUGGACCACAAGCCCCGGAACGUCAGCGCCAAACAGAAGUACACGUCAAAAAAGACGGCCAAGAGGAAGAGGGGAUACGUGAAAAACAAACUGGCCCUGAAAAAAGGCAAGAAACUGACAAAGAAGUCAGUUUAGGUUUUUUUUUUUUUUUUUUCGAAUGAAUUCUGGAAAAAUGAGGAUAAAAAAAAAAAAAAAAGACAAUGAAAAACGCAAAAGGUAAUCCACCAAUUAAAAAGAAGAACAAGCACCCGUCGUCUGUCUGGCAACCUCCCACUUGAAAGUAUUUGCCUCGAGGCUCUGAUCCUGUGAUCACCAUGGUGACAUGAAGGCUCUGUGAUGUGUUGAAGGAGGUCAGAGGAGUCAGCCAUGACGGGAUCUCCAUCGGUUUUAAUUAGACAACUUUUGACCUUUUUUUUGUUUUUUUUUUUUCUUUUGUACUUGAAUGUGCUGGCAGAGCUACAGAGCUGCCUUUAUCCAACAAAAUGGCGGCCGUUAUUUUUGUGGUACACAAUUUAACAUAAUCCUACGAAAAACGAACGUUAAGAUGAAUUUGUUUAAACUCAGUGAACCUUGGAGCAGUAGCACCAAAGAGAACUUGUUCGUUUUUUUUGUUUUUGUUUUUGUUUUUUUCCCCCCCAGGGGCUGUGUGAACUUGUUACCUUUAAAAAAAAUUAAUAAUUAAGAUAUAAAUAUAGAGGGAUAUGGAGUGUUCUGACCACGGCUUUGAAAGACACACACCCUAAGAUGUGUUUGUGAUUUUACUUGGUAGAGGCUCUCAUCUGAUGCCCCAUGAAUCUUUACACCGCACGAAAGGCAGAAAAGUCAUGUCACUCUGAAUAUUUCUCUCUCAUAGUUCAAAUUCUGCAAAGGAGUACAAACCUUAGUAAUUUGAUUACUGUGGUGAUUUUAAAUAGUUUUUUUUUUUCUCCUUAUGCUGUCACGGUUU